AUGGCUACCACACAGAAAGCAAGUCUACUCAGCCUCCCUCGCGAGCUCCGGGACACCAUCUACUCCCACCUCUACACCGGCCAAGACGUGGACAUUACCCAGUCUGGCCACGCAGCUCGCAAGACCGCCUUGCUAGGCACCUGCCACCAGCUCCGCGCCGAAGCCGCCGAGUCUUACUAUACAAAGGUCAUCUUCUUCGUACCACUGCUCGCUGACCCGACUCGAUGGUCGCUUAAGAUGCGCGACGAGCAUGCCAGACUGGUUACAUAUGUUCGGCACGACCAGGACCAGCUUUCUGCCAGACCGAGUCUGUAUCAUUCGCUGGAGUUCUUGAUUAUGCGGUGCGAUGAGGAGGAUGAUCGAGUGGACUGGGCGGGGGUGUUGAGGAUGUAUUGGUAUAUCGAGGAUGAGUGUGAUGAUGAGGAUGAGGGUGUUGGCUGGGCCCGGUUGUGGGAGUUGCCCGAGGAGGCGAAGGAGCUGAUGGAAUAG